UCAUAAAAAAAAAAAAAAAAAGUUGCUUUCAAUUAAGAAAACAAGUACGGAGUGGUACCCAGCGGAGAAUCCGCAGAACACCCUACUACACUGCUGCCACCAUUUCAUGCUCAGUCAAACCCAUGCUUUUACUCAUUCUACUACUACACUUCCGCCACCACUACCGCCACCGCCACCCCGCCGCCGCCGCCAUUUCCUCUCCCACAUCUCUACUUUCACGCCACAUUUUCUGUUUUCUUAAUUAUCCAACAUUUUCUUGAUUUAUACCCUCCCAGCAAUUAAAUUCCAAGAAAGUUUGGCGGCCCCAGAAUUCUACUCCAACCCCAUCUCUUCAUCUCCCCAUACGAUCAUACAUAACAUUAAUGUGAAAAGAUUAUUACAUUCUUGAGAUGGAAAAUCCUACGUUUACUGCGUCCAGUCUGCUUUGUACAGAAAGUGAAUCCAGCUUGAAUGAUGAACUUAAAGAAGGAGAUGAUUUCACAUUGAUGACAGCAGAGGAUGAAGAUGAUGAUGGGUAUAUACAAAUAUUGCUUGAUAGGGAAACCGCCAUGAAUGGUGGACUCCAAAAGCUUGAUCUUUCACAGGUUAUCAAUGAGAAUUGGGUCCAAAAAGCUCGAUCGGAUGCAAUACAAUACAUUCUUGAAACUGGAGGGUUGUUUGGAUUCAGAAUGCAAACAACAUUCCUUUCAAUCACUUAUCUUGACAGAUUUCUUUCAAGAAAAUCCAUAGAUGGAGAGAAGUAUUGGGCAAUAAAGCUAUUGUCAAUUGCAUGCCUUUCCUUGGCUGCAAAAAUGGAAGAAUGCAGAGUUCCAGCACUGUCACAGUACCCCAUGGAAGACUUAACUUUUAAGAGCAGUUUGAUCCAAAGAAUGGAGCUUUUGGUGCUGAAUACAUUGGAUUGGAAACUGGGAUUCAUCACUCCUUUUGCUUUCACCCAUUAUUUUUUAUCAAAGUUUAGCACUGUCUCAGAAAGAAAGAGUGCUGCAGUAUCAAGAACUAUGGAGAUCAUCUUGAGUGUGAUUAGAGUUGCAAAUUUAAUGAGUCAUAGGCCAUCUGUAAUGGCUGCAGCAGCAACAUUACUGGCAUUGGAUGGGGGACUAAUCAAAGAGAGUAUGGAGCUUAAGAUUAAUGCCUUACCUUCAGGUGGAUGUCUUAAGCUUGAUGAUGUAUUAUCCUGCUAUAAUCAAAUGAGGGAAAUGGAAAAAAAUGAGUUCCCAAAGCCCUGUACAGUUUCUUCCUAUCUUGGGUCCAAGAGGAAGAGGACGGAUGAUGAUGUUCUUGGAUUGUGACCAAAUCUCAGCAACACCAACAUGCAUGAAAAGCACAUUUCACAGUCCAGUGUUAAUAAAAGAAAAAGUGUUUAAAGAUAUUGCUUCAAAGCUUACUAGUCAUUCUUCAUUUAGGUUAAUCUUUGAAUUGGUUGGUUGCUUUUAAUUUGUUCUUUUUAGUAAAUUUGUUUGGGACUUUUUGGUUUGGUGUUUAUAUGUAAUCUCUUGCAGGCUUGCAGCCCUAACUUUUAAAGGGUGUGCUUGGGGAUGUUUUGCUGCAAGUAUGGUUUGGUUUAGUUUUGAUCUUUUAUCUGUUAUAAAAGGGGUGUCAAUUGAAUUGAACAAUGUUCUUGAAAUAAACCUUUUCUAGGGUUUGUUGUUGGGAUCAAUCAAACAUUCUUUUUUUUUUUUUU